AUGGGUGGUGGGAAGAUCGGGACCUGUUCCAGCUCGAACGGCGCGCAAUAUUCAACUUGGCACUUUAUGACCCACGCAUCUCGGUUUAAAAAGCCAGGGGAUUACCGGACAUUUGAACUUGCGGGGUUUUCCAUCAUUUUGAUACUUGGCAAAGAUAAGCAGCUCCGGGCAUUUCAAAAUAUUUGCCGACACCGAGCGUAUCAAGUUACAAAGAAAGAAUGUGGCAGCUCAACCGUCCUUGGAUGCAGAUACCAUGGGUGGAGCUAUGAUACAACGGGAAGAUUAAUCAAGGCCCCGGAGUUUGAAAGCAUUGCAGGAUUUGAUAAAAACAUGAACGGACUAUGGCCGAUAAAAUUGGAAGUCAAGGAUUCAAUGGUCUUUAUGAACCUUGAUUCUAGCAGCCAAAUCCUGGAUCUAGAGCUCAACGAAUCGGAACAGGCAUUCAAACGCUGGGACUCAAAACAUGUACAUUGUGCUGUGGAAUGGAAAGUGGACUGCGAAUUUAACUGGAAACUUGCUGCCGAAGACUUCUCCCAACUUUUGGCCAAGGAAAAUACAAGAGGUCUGUUUAAUUCACUAAUGGCUCAACGGUUUAAAUAUCAGCGAAGAGAUUUCAACCUUGGGCACACCGCGACAACCCGGCGCCUUGCAUUUGGCACACUUCUUACAAUGCGGCUCCUCCCCCAGUCAGCGGCCAUCACGACCAUACAUUGCUCUAUCUAUAAAAAUCAACCUAUUAAUGAUAAGGUAGAACUCGAGUUCGAAAGUGUGAAGGCAGAAAUUCAGCGUGGAGUUCAACACUUGGAGCAAACACAGAAGAGAUUACUUAAUGGCUAUGGCAACUUCUCGAAACUACAGCAAGAGAAGUACCGCCAAAUUUUGAAGGGACAUAGGGACGCCGAGGCCAGAUUGGGGCAGGAGAUCCACCCUGCAGCCCAGAAGCAGCACUUGACGAUGGGCGGCAAAGCGGACGAUGAAUUCUGCCGCAAACUAGACAACACUCUCGAUGGCGAGGGCACGGCUUGCAGCGCGAGCCACCGAGGCCUUCUUGACUGGUGA